AUGAGUUUUUGGAGUAAAUUAGAUAAGAUUUUAACUAGAGUUGAAGAAAAGGGUUUCAGAGCAGCAAAUAAAAUGCAUUAAUAUGCCGUCAAUGGACUUAUUUUGGGAUUCUUAUAUGGAACAUAUACAUUAUUUAGAGAUUACAACGAUUUCUUCAUAGAUGCAAGAGAAAUUACCCCAGAAUCAUUAGGUCCCCUCCCUGAACCAGUAAGUGAUGAAUAAAUAAAUGCUACUUCUUCAACUAAGCUAAACAAUAAUUUAGGCGGAUCUAGAAAAUUCUGA